GCCCCUCGUUCAACACGCUGGCGCGGCCGAGAGGGCGUUGGUGCACGGCGAGUUUUUCAAGCGGAGCUUGUAAACCAACGCGAGGAAUGCGAGGAUACCGGCUUGCUAAUGUCACCACGACGGUGUAAUCACCGUUGAUGCUUCGACCGCGCCGUCGCUCGCACGCCAAAUUGAUGGUCGCGAGAGCACUCGCUCCUCCCGCAUAUCGAAAUGGAGGCCAGUCAGUUCGACGCUAUUGACGAGAGCACGGACGAGAACGUAGCGGGCGACGAGGCCGUCGGCGUGGUCCUGGAAGAGGUGGACUGCGAGGCCGAGGUGGAGGCCGACGAUGACAACAUACAGUACCACCUGUACGCGGUGAACAGGGACGACAAUACGGUGGCGUACAAAGUCAUGCAGGUGAGCAACAACGACAGGGAGGACAAUGAGCUUUCGAUAGCCACCCCCGUGAACAACACCGUUCAAGUGCUGACCUCGCCGCUCAACGGGCAAUUGUACGUGCUCAGUAACGGCAACGACGUCGUGGCGACGGAGUCCGCCAGAGUUGUGCCUAGCGUCGCCAAGCUGCAGAUAGAAGGCGCGCAGAACAUUGUCACCACCGUGAAGAAGAGGGACGAGAGGCGGAGGGUCACGCACAACGAGGUGGAGAGGCGUAGGAGGGACAAGAUCAGCAAUUGGAUCGCCAAGCUGGCGAAACUCCUCGCGGAAUGCGAGCAGAGCGUGAAUAAGGAGGGGGACGGGAAACCGAAUUUGGAGCCGCAAAGCAAAGGGGGUAUACUAGCGCGGGCUUACGAAUACAUCAUGGAAUUGAGAGAGGCGCCGGAAAAACUGGCCCAGUGCUUGGACGAAAACGUACAGUUGAAGGAGGAAGUCAAGAACCUUCAACAAGUCGUAAAUCAAUUAAGAGACGAGCAUUCGCAGUUCAAAAUGCAAGUUUCACACCAGGAAGAUACGACCAUAAUCGUGACGAUUGGAGGAGAGACGUGCGGCCUCGCGAUUUUACAGGCGCGAUAAGGGAAGCGUCGACGCGCGUGCCUGGUAGACAAGACGAGAGGAACGUGAUCUACGUCAGAGAGCCCGAGGUCUAUCUUAAGUUAAGAG